AAUAGAGGAAUCAGUCGAGUCAAAUUGGGUGUAUACAGGAGACGUAAUUUUUACAUGGGGACAUAAACACUCUUCAGGCGGUUCGAAAUCCUAAAAAUGGCUCUGCAAGAGGUUCAGAAUGAUCCCUUUAACCCAGAAGAGUUUGUUGAAAGACUUGCUUGGAAGGCAACAAAUGGCAAGUGUACCACCAGCGCAGACUUUGAUCCAAUGUCAUUGCAUCAAGCCUUUGAAAAGAUGAUUUUAGAUCUUAAAGAGGAAGAAGUGAGAGUUGCAAAGAGAGCUGAGAGGCUGGAGACCCAGGUGAAAGAGGAAGAAAAAAAGCAUCGUCAACGGGUAUCUGAACUACAAAAGCAAAAUCAGACUGCUUUUGCCCACUACCAAAGAUUAGAUGAACAGAUCAAUUUUGUGGCCACAAAAGUGGUUCACUUGGGAGAUCUUCUAGAAGGAGCAAACAUCCCCAGAACCAGAACUGUGGAGGCACAGACACUGAUGAAUUAUUUUGCAGAAUUUUUAUCAGAUGAACCUCCUACCUCUCCUGUUUUCAAGGAUCCAUUCCAUGCUGGAUCUGCUCAGCUACAAGCAGCGGCUGAUGUCAUCCAGAAACUCUAUGUUAUUUCCCAAGAAAUUCCUCAGAAUGACAGAUUUAAUAAGGCGAGAGAAGGAAUAGCAAAGAAAUAUGAUGAAAUUGAGAUGGCAUUAAUAGAAGACUUUGUUAGAGCCCACAAUGAAGGUCAAACAAGAAAAAUGAAGAAAAUAGCUCUUGUCUUGUCAAAUUUCAAGGGAUAUAAUCAGUGCAUUGAUGCUUUUAUAGAAGAAAGUCAAAGAGGUGCAUUUUUGAAGCCUGGAAUAUUUGAUGAGAUUUUGCCUUUGUGUGAGAAAACAAGUGAGUUAAUCAAUGAAGUCUUCAUCAACCCUGAGGCAGUGAUGACUAAGUUUGUGCUCAACAUUUAUCACAGAACACUUCAGGAACACAUAACAAGCAAGUUAACUCACAAAGAUGAUGCUGAGGAAUAUUUAAAUAAUUUAUAUGAUCUGUAUACAAGGACAGUACAGCUCUCCAAAGACCUAUCUACUCAGCUGACUAUGGGAAGUGAUACAUCAUUCCUACAAAAGUCUUUGAAAAGUUUAUUUGGACGUUAUUUAGACACUUACAUAAGUGUUGAAAUGCAGUUUCUGAAGGAAAGGCUAGCAGCUGUACUUCAGAGGUACUAUGAUUCCAAAAGUCACCAGAAGAGACAAAUUCAAACAGGAACCAUGCAUGAUUUCCGUAGAGAAAUGCAAGCUAAAAUGAAUAUCAACAUAGGAGCACCCACAGAAAAUUACAGCGGAGAAACAUUCUUAUCACAUGAGGUGGCGAUCAAUGUCUUGCAGGAAUCAAAAAUGGCAUUUAAAAGGUGUCAAGCACUAUCCAGUCAGUCAGAAACAUCAAACAAUGCAGUGAAGGUGUUUGACUGCCUGGUGCAGUAUCUGUGUAUAGAACACAUUGAUUAUGCUAUUGAACUGGGACUGCAAGCCAUUCCCCUGCCAGAACCAAAGAGCACACCAGACACAUAUUUCUUCGCUGUAGUUGGGGAUUCAAACACAAUAUUUCACUUGUUUGAGAAACAAUUUAAUGACAACUUGGUACCACUUAUUAGUUCUUCCCCAAGGCACAGUGAAUGUUUGCAAAGAAAGCGGGAGUUGAUGGAGCAAAUGGAGAACAAACUAGAUAUUGGUCUGGACAGGACCAUCCAGGCAGUGGUUGGUUGGAUCAAGUAUGUCCUGUCUACUGAACAGAAGCGGACUGACUUUAAGCCAGAGAAUGAGGAGGCUCCAAUGUUAAUGUAUUCACAGGCAUGUAUUCAGGUAGUGAAAUAUGUACACGGUCUGCUUAGAGGGAUUAGAGAAAGUCUUGACGGAAAGAACCUGGAAGCUGUCCUCACUGAACUUGGCAUACGCUUUCACAGAGUGGUGUAUGAGCACUUACUGCAGUUCCAGUAUAACUCAUUGGGUGCUAUGUUGGCUAUCUGUGACGUGAAUGAGUACAGAAAGUGUGUUAAGGAAUUUGGUGUUCUUCUGGUUACGCAGCUCUUUGACACCCUUCAUUCCUUGUGCAAUCUGCUGGUGGUUGUACCAGAGAACUUGAAGCAAGUGUGCACCGGCGAACAUGUGGCGGGGCUGGACAAGAAUGUCAUGAUGACUUUUAUACAGUUGAGAACAGACUACAAGACAGCAAAGCUGGCAAACCAGUUUAAAUGAACAAGAUCUUGAGCUUCCUUUCCGACCAUCUUAAGCUGUGUCUGAUAUCAUGUUGCCUCAAACAAGUUCCUUGUCAAUUAUCAUUUGCUUUUUGGAUGUUAAUUGGGAAGAUAAGACAUAAUUUCAGUAAAGCAUUUUAAAAAUAUUUCCACUGACAAUUAAGGCUCCUAAAGGAUGACCAGUACUGAUGUCUAGUCUCACUUUGCUUUAUGCAGUACUGUUGGAUGAUCUUAGAGAUAGUUCAUGGAGUCAUUCAAGGUGAACAGUAAUAUCUCACUGUUUGUAUCCAACGUGCCACAUCCACUCUACUUGCCAAGCUGGGAUAUUUGGAAGGCAUUAUUUCCUCAAAUUUGCUGGGAAAAUUCGACUUGCAACUGAAAGCACCAAUGACAGAUUUGUCACACAGGGUAUAAAACUCUUAUUGCAUAUUGUGAGAUUAUGUUCAACAUCUGCAACCUUGAAAUUGUUAAUUUGUUGUUGCUACAGCUAUGUCAUUGGUUUUGUGUAAAUUGUCAAAUUUUGACCAUAUUUCUAGUUAUUGAAGUUUUUCAUUAAAUUUGGGAAAAGUUUGUACAGGCACAUUCAAAAAGGGAUGUUAGUUGCUUCCCCACAUGUGAGGGACUAAUUACUAACUGAAGGGUGCCUCUACCGUACAUCCUUACAGUUUCCAUCAAAGUUAUCAGCAGUAGAGCAACUUGACCGUUUUAGAAAUAAGUGGACUUGUAGAUGUUGUUAUAUGUGUUUGAUAUAUUCAAGUUAAUAGAAACCGAAUAUAUAACAACUAUUAAUCAGUAUUUACAAUCUCAAAAUAUAUUGUCAAAAUAGGACAUCUAUAAAUCACAUGAAAUUCGCUCACAAAAAUAUUGCAUCUUGUGCUGUUAUAAACUUGUCCACUUUGGUGUCCUCAGAAUUUUAAAUUAUUAUGAUUGUAAGUUCUUGUUUGUACUUUGUUUACUUUUUGGCUAAAUUGAGGGAAAAGACCACUUUUUGGAUCCCAAACCUUUGAAUUUUACAUUAUAAUAACCACUGAGGGGUAACUAUAAUUUUGAUUUGCAAACUUUUCAAAUUCAAAGUCAUAAUUAUGUGGUUUAAAUUGUGUGUAAAAUAUUAAAAUUGUCUUUUGUUCCAUAAAAAUGUACAUAGUUUUCAA